AUGAAUUGCUACGACUCCAGCCCUGGAGGGAUAGUUGGCGGUGUUGUGGGAGGCCUGUUCGGCCUGGGCACACUAAUAGCUUUGAUCGUGGUCUGUGUGUGUUGUCGCAGGAGGCAGGCUAACGCGGGAACGGUGUUCGGUAACAGAUCGACCACGGCUGUUACUAUGGUCACCCAGCAAAAUACGGCAUACCCCGCGGGGCAGUCCGGCUACCCCCAGCCAGUGGUAGGACAAGCUGGCUAUCCUGCCGCUCCCAUGGGACAGUAUGGCACUCCGACCCCUGUGGGAAAUUACCCAACUUCGCCUCAACAACAACCUUAUCCCGUGGGAACACAGGCCUACCCACAACAGGCCUACCCACAACAGGCCCCAGCCUACAAUCCUGGUAAUGCGUAUGACCCCAAUACGGCCCCGAUGGCAGGGGGAGGCCCGCAAAUCAACCAAGGGUUCCAGCCUCCUCCAUCAUAUGAUUCUGUUACCACAGAAAAGCAGUAAAACGACAGAGGAACAGGAGCCGACAGUGUUAAAUAUUCUAUACCGACAACAGCUGUCAAUGGCGGAUCCAAAGGGGUUCUGACCGGACUCAUUUUUAACUCAGAACUUGCAUGCAAUACAUAAACAUAACAGAUGUAGCAGGGACGUCCCUGUAUAUAGCUUUUAAGAAAUAACUGCCGAACAAAAGUUUAACCACUAUAGAAAAUUCCUGGAUCGCCUCUCUGCUGCCAUAGCAAUAUACUCUAAUAAUCACUAAUUGAAUUCAAUAUUUGAGUAAUAGUAUUUGUUUAUUGUAAUAUUUGUGAAAUAUUAAAUGAUCUAUCUCUGUUUACGUUCUGUAUACAAUGAUUGGAAACAAUGUUAGUUGUCCAUAUUGUGUUGGUAGUGACCUACUUGAACGUAUUUAAAUCUGUGUUUGUCAUGUGCCUCUGAGAAGUAUACGUUUACCCCGAGUUGUCGCCCCUUACACUCUAGGAACAACAAUAUAGUAGGGAUUGGUUGGAUAUGGCAGGAUCACUGGGAAUGGUUGGCUCAUUUAAAACGUACAAAGGAACACGUACUGCGAGUGUAGAACCAGGAUGUUGCAAAUUUUGUUUCCGUUUUAGCUUAAUUUGACACCUGGCGUCGACAUUCUGAUCGAUGGAGGUUCUUCGUUUUACUGGAGGUAUAGCGAUUUUCUAAAUGUGGAGAUUUUGGUGCAAGUGUUGAAAAGAUCAAUUAGCUCCUCUAUCAGUAGGAUUCUUAUAUUUGGGUUCAUGAUUGCUAAUACUUCCGAAAGUAGGAAUAUAUAGUUUUGGAAAAAUCUAAUAUUAAGCUUUAGUGAAAGUGUUCAAAGGCAUCAGUAAGUCCCUGGAAAUUUUACUGGACUUCUAGUACAUAUUUAGUUUGAGGGUUGCUGUAGGGUAAACUAUAACUUCCCGGAGUUAGAAUGAAUAAAGAGAGGACAUUGGAAGCACGAGUGAAAAAUAUGUUAUAUCCAACGGGAAACCAUUCAAUAUUCUUUUCAUUGCAGUUUUAUGCCAAAAACAAUAUAAAAAGCAUCGAAAAAAGAAAAGUGUCAAAAAGUGCGGGAAUCAGUAACAUAAUUCAUGACGUCGUCUCUUAGUUACGUUACUAGGUCAACUGGACGGAACCAUUUUGAAAUGACUGAUCAGCGCAAUCUAAGCUAUUUCUGUUGUUAUCGGAGAAUAUGUGUAUGAAAAACUAACGUCAAGUGAGUAAUUUGUCAAAAACUAGCCUGAAUAUUUCAGAAAUGCAGCAAAAUAACCCAUUUAUCUAUUCGCUUUUAUUGGAAAAAUCGCGCAAGUUUCAGUGAGGUGAAUACAAAGGUUCGCUCUGAUUGGUCAAAAACGAAAAUCUUGUAUUUUCAUUGCAAAAACUUACAUUGCUGUGAAAAUAUUAGUUUGAUAAAAUUUCUAUAAAAUGCAAUUAAGUGAUAUACAAUAUGAGGGGAGUUUUGUUCCGAUGGUGGUAGAUAUCUUUACUCUUGUAAACGAAUUCAAAUUAAAAAAAAAAUGAUAAAAUGCAAUCACUAUGGAUUGCUAUUGUAAUUUUGUCGAUAUAUUUUGCUGUUUAAUUAUCAUGGGAAUAGUAGAUAUGUUAUACAAACUAAGUCCACAUUUGCCUGGAGUAUUUUUUUUUUUUUUAACAAACUUGCUUAUACAAUUUUAUUGUGUUUACUGCAGUGUGUUGUUGAUUUUGCUUGCUGAAAAUUGGAUGUGCACAUUUCGUUAUAAACUUGUAAAGCUAAACCAUUUAAUAUUUGUUGCAUCAUAUAUAUAUACAUUUGUAUAUAUAUUAACUGUUCUCAUCGUCAGAAUCACAUAUUGUAUUUCCCAUAUCAUGCCCUUCCCUGAGUUGAAUGAAGGAACUUUUUUAUCAACUAGAUCUGUUUGUGACAUUAACGGUUAUAUUUAACAAUAAAACGCUUGUUACAUUGUAUUUAUUGUCAAUAUAAAUGAAAUCUAACGGGCGCCAUUCUAUUCAUCUGUCACCAAUAUUGCGUUUAAAUUCACAAUAAAUACAAGCCAAAAAAUGUUUAAUUGUUGUAUUUACAUUUAUUUAUGUUAACCUCUGCCUUUCUUAUAUAAAUGCGUUCUUUAUUUC